AUGACUACUGAAUAUGUCGAAGAUGUCAGACAUCCUGAAGAGAAGGAAGUCAAUGGGCUAAGCAAGAAGCUUACAGAAGAUUCUGAGUUAUCAGAAAAGAAUGAAGUUGAAAAUUAUUUAGCUAAAUUUUUGAAUAUUUCAAACAAUGCUCAAAGUAAUGAAAAUUCUGAAAAAAAUAUGACCUUGAAAGAAGGUCUGACUACUUUCCCAAAAGCUGCAAUGUGGUCUAUUAUUUUAUCUUCAUCUAUUAUUAUGGAAGGUUACGAUACAAAUUUAAUCAACUCUCUUUUUGCAUUUCCUGCGUUUACUAAGAAAUUUGGGGAAUAUUAUGAAGAUAUUAAUGACUACCAAAUUCCAACUAAAUGGCAAAAUUCUUUGUCUAUGGGUGUUUACUGUGGUGAGUUGAUUGGUUUAUUCAUUGCAGGUCUUGUUGCAGAUAGAUUAGGUUAUAGAAAAACAUUGAUUAGUGCUUUGACCUCAAUUAUUGGUUUAAUCUUUAUUGUGUUUUUUGCUGUUAAUGUUGGUAUGUUACUUGCAGGUGAAAUCUUAUUGGGUGUUGCUUGGGGUAUGUUACAAACUUUGGUUAUUACUUAUGCUGCUGAUGUUUGUCCAUUGGUUUUAAGAGUUUACUUGACAACAUACAUCAAUGCUUGUUGGGUUAUCGGCCAAUUGAUUUCUUCAGGUGUUCUUCGUGGUGUUUUAUCUCUUGAAAGUGCCAGUUCCUAUCAGAUCCCAUUUGCUAUCCAAUGGGUCUGGCCUCUUCCAAUUAUCAUUGGUAUCUAUUUAGCCCCAGAAUCACCAUGGUGGUUGGUCAGAAAAGGAAAAGCAAAAGAAGCUAAAAACAGUAUUAGAAGAUUAUUGACCGUUAAUAAAAAUACACCAGAUGUCGAUGUUUUAUCAACAGCUAUGUUUAACAAGAUGCAAUUGACUAUCCAAGAAGAAAACUCUAUUUCAAAAGAAACCGGGUACAAAGAAUGUUUCAAGAAUGGUAACUUUAGAAGAACCAGAAUUGCUGCUAUGAUCUGGUUAUUUCAAAGUAUAACCGGUUCUGCAUUUAUGGGCUUCUCAACAUACUUUUAUCAACAAGCUGGUCUUGCAUCAAGUAUGGCUUUUACAUUCUCCAUCAUUCAAUAUUGUUUGGGUUUAAUCGGAACAUUAUCAUCUUGGGUAUUAUCACAAAAAUUAGGUCGUUUCACCAUUUACUUCAGUGGAUUGUGUAUUCAGUUUAUUGUUUUAAUUACAGUUGGUGCUUUGGGAUUUUCUGACUCAAAAGGUGCUUCUUGGGCAGCUGGGUCAUUAUUAUUGGUCUUCACAUUAGCUUAUAAUUGUACAGUUGGUCCAAUUACUUAUUGUGCUGUUGCAGAAAUGCCAACUGUUAGAUUAAGAAAUAAAACUGUGAUUAUUGCAAGAAAUUGUUAUAACGUUGCUGGUAUUGUUACAUCCAUCAUCACUCCUUAUAUGUUGAAUCCAACUGGUUGGAAUUGGAAAGCAAAAUCAGGUUUAUUUUGGGCAGGUUUCACAUUGAUUGCAAUUAUUUGGUGUUGGUGUGAGUUUCCAGAAACCAAAGGUAGAACUUUUGCAGAGUUAAAUCAACUUUUCCAAGACAAUGUUCCUGCUAGAAAAUUUAAGUAUACAACACCUGAAGUUUUCAAUGCCCAAAAGAUGGUUAAUAACAUGAACGACGAAGAGCUUAGAGAGAUCGUUGAAGCUGAUAAAGAUAAAAUUUAUGAGACUAAAGCUUGA